AUGAAGACGACCUGGAAAGAUAUCGCACCGGUGCCGACGUCUCAAGAGUUCAUUGAUAUUGUGCUCAGUCGAACACAGCGGCGGCUCCCGACACAGAUCCGUGCAGGUUUCAAAAUCAGCAGAAUAAGAGGUUUCUACACCCGAAAGGUCAAGUUCACCUCCGAGACAUUCUGCGAAAAGUUGCAGGCAAUCCUCGAUGGGUUUCCUCGGCUACAAGACAUUCAUCCCUUCCACAAAGAUCUCCUCAACACCCUCUACGAUGCCGACCACUUCAAGAUUGCUCUGGGCACUUUAUCGACCGCCAAACGACUCAUCGAGACAGUGGCGAGAGACUAUGUCCGACUCUUGAAGUAUGCACAGUCCCUGUUCCAAUGCAAAUCCCUUAAGCGGGCGGCUUUGGGUCGGAUGGCCACAAUCUGCAAGAGACUGAAAGACCCGUUGGUGUAUCUUGAGCAGGUGCGGCAACAUCUUGGGCGCCUGCCCAGCAUAGAUCCCAACACCCGCACACUCUUGAUUUGCGGAUACCCCAAUGUGGGAAAGUCGAGCUUUCUCAAGUCGAUAACACGAGCCGAUGUCGAUGUUCAGCCCUAUGCUUUUACCACGAAAUCCCUCUUUGUGGGUCACUUCGAUUACAAGUACUUACGAUUUCAAGCCAUCGACACACCAGGAAUCCUGGAUCACCCGCUGGAAGAGAUGAACACCAUCGAAAUGCAGUCAAUCACGGCAAUUGCACAUCUGAGAUCAGCCAUUCUGUAUUUUAUGGACUUGUCAGAACAAUGCGGCUACACGGUACAAGCACAGAUGGCCCUUUUCAGCUCGAUUAAGCCUCUAUUCGCCAAUAAACUCGUCUUUAUCGUGGUGAACAAGACCGAUGUGAUGAAGCCCGAGGACCUGGACCCCGAAACACAGCAACAGUUGAAGGACCUGUUGACUCAAAAUUCGAACACAGAACUUGUGCAGUUGUCUUGCGUGACCAGUGAAGGCGUUCAGGAGGUCAAGAACGCGGUGUGUGAUCGGCUGAUCGCGGAUCGUGUAGCGGCGAAGUUGAAGGCGGGACAAGCGUCGCAAGCAGCAACCUCAGAUGCGCCAACGGGACGUCUCGGGGAUCUCCUUGCUCGAAUACACGUAGCACGGCCGCUGGAAGGCUCCGUCAGCGAAACUCACAUUCCCGAAGCGGUCUUGAACGGGACGCAUAAGAAAUACAGCAAGGAAGACCCGGAUAGAAGGCGGCUAGCACGCGACGUCGAAGAGCAGAAUGGAGGUGCUGGUGUCUACAAUAUAAAUCUACGGGAAUUUUACGAUCUUGCAGACCCCGAAUGGAACAACGACCGGAUCCCCGAGUUUUUCCAGGGCAAGAAUAUCGCCGAUUAUGUGGAUCCAGACAUUGAGCAGAAACUGGCCGAGCUUGAAGCAGAGGAAGAGAGACUUACGACGGAAGGAUACUACGACGAAAGUGAAGACAUGGAGGACGAGGACGAUGCGGAGAUCCGCAUGAAGGCCAAUCUGAUACGCAACAAGAAGACGCUCAUGAUGAACGAGGCGCGCAUGAAGAAGAGCCUGAAGAACAAAGCCCAAAUACCUCGGGCAAAGAAAACCCGCACGCUCGGGCAGAUGGAGAAGCAUUUCAACUCCAUCGGGCUUGAUGCGUCGGCGCCCACUGACCGAGCAAGAGCACAAAUUCGCAACGCCAAGCCGGCUUCCGAAGCUGGUGGUGAAGCGAUGGAACUCGAUGGGCCUUCUGCAAGGCUUGCCAAAUCUCUUUCCAGAACUCCCAAGACGAACAGACUCACUGAUGGGUUAGGCGUGAGCGCCACGGGCAUCACCGAUCCAGUCAGGCAAGACAAGGCGCAACGUAUGGCGAAGCUGAGUCAACGGAAAAUGAAUCGUAUGGCCAGACAGGGCGAGGCAGACAGGCAUGAGACUGCAUCUCUGCCGGCGCACUUGCUCAAGGGCAAGAGAAAGAUGGGCAGCACCCGAUCGAGAUGA